UCCGCUCGGUCCGCUCGGCGCCCCGGGGCCCAGCGGUCCCGCCCGCCCCGCGCUCGGAGUGGCGCCGGCAUCGCUCGGCAGAGUCCGCCGGCGGGGGGCCGCGCGCAGGGCGCAGAGCUCGGAAGGACGACGGAAGCCGCGCCGCGGACUCCAGCGCGUCCUGCGCGGGCCAUGCCGUCCCCCACGCUGCUGCUGGUCCUGGGCGCCGCAGCCCUGCAGCUGGGGAGCGGCGGGAAGAGCUUCCACAGGGUGGAGAAGGCGCUGAGCUGGUACGACGCCCGGCGCUACUGCCGGCUGCGCUACACGGACCUGGCCGACCUGCAGGUGGGCAACCUGGCGCAGCUCUACUCCCUCAUGGCCGGCGCAGACGUGUGGAUCGGCCUCUUCUUUGACGCCAGCAUCUCCGGCCUGCGAUGGUCCAGCGGCUCCGCCUUCACCUCCCUGACCUGGAGCCAGAGUCUGCCCGAUUUUGGGGUGGGCUUCUGCGCCACCGUGUACACGUCGCUGAAUAUUGUCCCCCGGCUGGGGGCCUCCUCCUGCACAGAGCAGAAGCCCUUCGUCUGCUACUACGACCCUGCCGUGGGGCACCUCAUCUCCACGGAGCCCUCUCCGACCACCUCCCCAAAGCCAGCUGUGGUCCAGAUCGGCGGACGGACCUUCACGCGAUUUGACCAGGUGAUGACGUGGUCCUUGGCCCUGCUGUACUGCCGCAGCCACCAGACAGACCUGGCCGACCUGCAGACGGUGACUAGCGAGGCAGGCAAGGAGGCCCUGAAGUCCAUCACGAGGGAGACUGACGCCUGGAUCGGCCUCUACUUCAAUGCGAACUCGGGGGCUCCGAGCUGGUCCAGUGACCUGGGUGCCAGCAUCCCGUCCUGGCUGGGGGCGCUGCCCAGGCUCGGGACGGGGCUGUGCGCGGGGCUCCGCAGCUACGCGAACCGCUCCCCGCGAGUCUAUUCGGCCAACUGCUCCUCGCUGCAGCCCUUCAUCUGCUUCCACGCCGUGACCGGUGCGGGGAGCGGCCCCGACAUGGAAGAUGCGGCUGGUGCCACUGAGGCCCGACCUUCGAGCUCAGAGGCCCACAGGAAAACAUCGGCCCCAAAGUCAGGGCACCCUUUCGGAAUUCUGAAAGCAGAUUUCACCAUCCCGACUCUGAUGGACCCGGAAGAGAUGAAAGACCAGUUUUUGAGACAGAUCAAAGAAGCCUUAAAGCUUGCACUAGGUCAACUAGGUCACCAGCAAUUCAGACUGAAGUGGGUCGGCUUCGAAGUGAACAAAAAGUAGCCCAAGUCUACUGAUUUGCAGUUUCCUUCUCAUGUAGUCGGGAUUUUGAGUGAAUUUUAGUUUUUUAAUUCCUAGUAGAACAGGAUUAGAAAUAACUUGAGAUAUGCCAAGAGGCAUCAACGUACAACUAACAUAAAAGAAAACUCUGGCAAACAUGCAUCCUGGAUUUUAUAGAAUAAAACGGAUAUGCAGGAGAAAACGGGGGUAUUUGGGAACCACAACCUUGAAAAUGACAAAUUUGGAAUUUAAAAUAAAAAAUCUGAACCAAACAACAAAAAUCCUGAAAACAAACCCCAUUAAUCUAAUUGGAGAAUGAAGAGAGGAUAGUAGUGGUCCAGGAAGCUACACUUCCAGACAAACCAGAGGAAACUUUCUUUACCAGUCACAAGCUAUUAAAGAGAUUUAAAUUCUCCGGGAGGAGGAGCACGUUAGUUGUGUCAGCACAACAUGACAUACAUUAACGCUGGUUAUUCGUCCUGCAUUUGAGUCCUUUUUACCUCGAAGUUGGGAAAUUCUAAGACACAUUGUUCUUAAAAUAUAUCUUCAGAAUAAUGAUUUUGCAUACGUUUCUUUCUCGUUUUUCUCCAAGUGUCCUAAGCACCCAGAUGCAAGCUAGAAGACAGUGCUAUGUCAAAUACAGUAGGAACUUUAGUCUGAAAUGUUUAAAGUUAAAGUUUAUUUAUAUUCUUUGUAGGAAUAUCAAUAAAAGACCUCAAAUGUAUCUAUAUCUGUACAUGUACAAGAACCGUCAAAAA